GAGUUGGUGCCGGAGGUGAAGAGCAAGAGGCGGCUACUCUGUCCAUUUUUCACAUACCAUGUCUGGCAUUUGUUGUUGCCAUCUUGUUUCUGUAUAGGUAUUGCUUAAUGGAGGGCUUAGAAUAUGCAGGCGUCAUCGAAGAGAACAAGAGAUGUUAUAUACAGAUGGAAUAUGAUGUUGUUGAGGAAAGUAUUUAUGGCUUGGAAUCUGGAAUUUAUUUUGGGAUGUCUUCGGUAAUUUCGAAGAUGGGAUUUCUGUUCCUAGAGCAAGGUUUUCACCAACUGUUGGUUCCUCUGUGCAUCAUAUUCAGUGUGUGUUGUAGUGGAACAGGGUUUUACUACCAGACACGGGGACUAAAGCACGGUAGGGCUAUUGUGGUUUCUACAUGUGCAGCCGUGGCAUCAAUUGUGAGCGGUGUACUAGCUGGAAUGCUUGCAUUGGGUGAAAGACUGCCUUCUGCCCCGAAAGCUCGCUUGGCACUUAUUCUUGGAUGGCUACUUAUAAUCACGGGUGUAGUUUUACUCGUUGGUUCGACGCGGCUAGUGAAACUCCUCUCGUGUUCUUCAGGACGCAUGAAAAGAAGCAAUGCUGAUAAGAGUUACGGCGCUAGAAGACCAAGUUCUUUGCGUAUAAGGGAACCGAAUCCAAGCGCCGUGAUACCAGCCACGACGUUAAAUCAUCUGCUACCAUCGGCUUCCAAAGAAAAAGCUUGAGUCAACGUUAGCCGGAAAAGAAUGAAUGUUAUUUCAUCGAUUUGGCGAAUUUAGGGUUAAGGGUUGUAUACUGUAUAAUGAUCUAACAGUGUUGCUUUCAUCAGAAGGCAUGAAUGUUUUUAGGAUCAUUCCUUCUGGUUUCAAAUAUUUUGGAUUGAUUUAGACACCACCUUGUAAAAACUAUUGAUGUACUUUUAAGGAUUGUAUAUGAGAGUGCUGGUGACAAUGACAUAACACAUUUUAUUUUA